AUGGAGCCCUCACUGGAGUCCUCCUCUCCUCUCCUGCUACAGAGUUUAUGGGACAGGAUAAGAGCACAAGAAGACUUUCUCCGCUCUCCCUUGUUCCCCGUCCUGUUCUCCCUGACACUCUAUCUGAGCUGCUGCCUGCCUUACCUGUGCCUGGACACCCUGUCCUCCAGAGUAGCCCUGGUGCACCACUACAAGAUCCAGCCACAGAGCAGGGUGACCUGGGCAAUGGCAUGGAGCUGCCUGGCUACCUCCCUGCACACCCACACUGUGUUCAUCUUCCCCCUCAGCGUUCUGCACUGGUACUGGAGACCAGUGGUCCUCCCUGCCCAAGCCCCUGGGGCUCUUCGUGUGGCCUGGGACGUGCUAGCCUGUCUCCUCCUCUUUGACCUGCAGUACUUUGUGUGGCACGUGUUGCACCACAAGGUGCCCUGGCUCUACCGGACUUUCCAUAAGGUGCACCACCGCUACACAGCCACCUUCGCCCUGACCACGGAGCACUCUGGGGUCUGGGAGACCCUGAGUCUGGGCUUGUUUGCGGCGGUGAACCCUGACCUGUUGGGCUGCCACCCGCUCACCAAGAUGCUCUUCUUCACCUUGAACAUCUGGCUGUCUGUGGAGGACCACUCAGGUUACGACCUGCCCUGUUCCCCUCACAGACUGGUACCCUUUGGGCUCUAUGGCGGAGCUCCGCACCACGACCUCCACCAUCUCAAGUUCAUGGUCAACUACGCACCCUACUUCACACACUGGGAUAGGCUGUUCGGCACACUGCUGCAUACAGACAAACCGGACACGUAUGAUGUAGAUGUGUUGGAUGCUUCAAAAAUAUGUGAUACAGCAUCAAGUGGUGUGACUGAUGUAAGCCAUGCACCAGUGUAUGAGGCUAAACAAAGCUGUGUGAAAGACUAUGAGGUACAGUUCUGCGGAAAAUGA